UGUCGUUUGAUCAAGAAAAGAAAAAUAAAUCUCUUGCAGGAGAAAUUCAGAUGUUUGCCAGCAUCACGUGCAGCAUCCAGGAUUUGCCUUGCAAGUUGCCUGACUAAUCCCGAGCUCUAGAUCUUUAACUCCGGUUCAGGAUUGAUGCUUAUUACUGACCAAUCACCACAUUGUAUCUGUUUGAAGCACCACUACAUCUUCCACCCCAGACAAUUUGGCCCUUCUUCUCUCCUUUCUCUCUCGUUUGCUCUGGCUGCUCCACGGUAUCGACGAAAUCUCCUACGACAGUCAUUCACCAGCGACCUUGGGGACAUCAGCGCCUCGAGAGUUGCUGGUUUCAAGGCAAAACAAUCCCUCUAACCGCUGUGCCUCCGGCCUCCUGUGGCAGGAAUGCUACUUGAUCCUUCGUCUGGCCACAUUCGACGUUUCACCAACAACACCUCUCGCAAACCAGUCUGCGACACUAUGCCAGCAUUCUUUUCACACUCUGUUGCUAUUCUACAAACUCACCAUCAGAACCAACCUGCUCGUUAAUCAUGUCGCCCCUGACAGACCUACCCUUGAGGCCCUCCGCGCCCUCCGGUGGUCGUUCCUCGUCCUAUGACACUGCACCGUCUCCUCCAAUUUCUGCCGAGAACGUCGCGUUACCUCCUUCUCCUCCGAACGAAGAAGAAUACGAGAUUCCUUCUACGCCUCCGAUGGUCUACUCUCCUCCUGCCGCGUCGGAGACAAGCCGCUGCGACUAUUUCCCCCCAAGCCUUACACCUUCCCGAAUCCGGGGCGCAUCGCCUCCAAGGAGAAUGAGACCCCUUUCGGUUGGCGCCAUUGUCAGCGCACCACCGAUGCAGAGAGCCCAUUCCUCGCCAGGAAUUGAUGCUUCAGGACGAUACAUUACACCAUAUGGUCCCACUAGGAGACCAUCUUCACCAUUACAUUCAGGAAGGAGGAGAAGCCCGCUACGGUCGGCAAUUGAAGACACCUACCCUCGAGACCCGUCGUGGAGUGGAUUGAAUAUCGAGCCAAAUAUUCCUGAGCAUGCCGAACUCGAGUUGUCUGCCGAGGUCGACUUAUCUCAGCCUUCGCCCAUGUCCUCAUUUUCCAAUACCUUUCCAAGAUCACGUCGACGGCCUAAUAUUCCUCUACAUCAAAGUGCAAGUGCACCCGCACUGUACACCAGAGCUACAAGUCCAUUGUCUGGAAGAACCUCGCCCACGCCAUCGUUCGUUCAGCAGAAAUUCGCCUACGAACCUUAUCCGGCAUACUCACUCAGCUCGGCCUCGAGUAUGCCGAGCACUCCGACAUCUUUGCGGUCACGAUCACCGUCCAUCAGUUCGCUUGAAACCAUCGAAGACACUCCCGACGCCGAAGAGGCAGCCUUGCUUGAAGAAGAAGUGGGCAAGCUAAAGGGUGACGAUGGUGAUACAAUGGAGUCAAAGAGACGGAGUUCAAUGGAGCCUCGAGGAAACAACCUGAGAAGCAACAAAGAGCGGAAGAGGUGGUCUGUUUGUGGAGCGGAAAGAAGAGCCGAUUUUUCUUUGGAACCUAUCGAGGAAUAACCGGGAAUGCAGCGAAUGAGGCAGACAUCUCUGCGUGCUGGAGACGCAGCAAAACCGCACAGGAGGCGAAGAUGAAUUUUGGCAUGCGUUACAACUCUUACGAGCUUGCAAAUGACAGGAGACCACUUGGUCACGGGCAGCAUUGUACAAAAGAUACCCCAAUGGCAUUGUACUCGUAUUAUGCUUUUUUUGACAGGCUAGACAGACGCCAGCCGACACAGUCGCCAAUCAUGGCUACGGAAUAUGCUUUGAUGAAUGACAUGACUAUGGAUUACUUUCUGCUCCUGACCUGGUUCUCGCUUCUAGAUUUUACUCUCGCUGUAAA